CCAAACACACAUACAAAUUUGGAUAUGUGUGUAUUUUUGUAAGCAUUUUGUGCCUAUGCUCCCAGCGAAUCGCUAAGUUCAGCACUUUAGUUCAAUUAAACAAUAUUAGCGACGAACGUUUACAAUUGGUAUUGAGUACGGCGGCAUAGCGUGAAUGUGAUAUACGCAUAGAAUUCUCAAUUAGACUGCCUACAAAAGAACUUAUGUAUUUUCGAAAAGGUUGUGACAAACGAGUGCAUUUGGCUUUUCGACAUCGCUCAAUAUCAUCGAUUUUUCAAUAUUUUGCCGAGCUACACAACCAAUGCACGGCAUUACGGAAACGCAUAUUGACGAAGGCGCACGCAGAAUAGUGAUUGCAAUUGCAGGAAAAGAUUGAAAAAGUGAAAAGUGCCAUUGCUUCACAGUGUUGAUAGAAAAUCCUUUUUCUACACUAUUGUGUAGAAAUAAGUUUUAAAUAAAUAGCGCAAGUUCUUUGCUAAAGCACAUCUCCUACACGCUUAGCACAAAAAAUAAUUACUUCCGCAGCGAAAAUGGUGUUAAAUAAUAUUACUGCGUUCCAGUUUUUCAGCAGUGUAGCUCUCGGGCUUUUGUGCUUCAAAAUCGUCAACAAAUUCCUACCAUGGGUUUAUGUAAAUAUUAUUGGACCCUAUUUUUUGGGGCCAAAGUUGAACAUACGCAGCAUGGGCGGUUGGGCUGUGAUCACCGGUUCAACUGACGGUAUUGGAAGAGCUUAUGCGAAAGCGCUUGCGAAGCGAGGAUUCAGUUUGGUGCUGAUCAGUCGUUCAUUGAGUAAAUUGGAGGAUGUCGCAAAGGAAAUCGAAAAUGAGUACAAGGUAGAAACCAAAAUCAUCGAUGUUGACUUCCAAGAUAGCAUUGGAAUUUACGAUAGAAUCAAAGCAGGCAUUGAAGGCCUAGACAUUGGUGUGCUCAUUAAUAAUGUUGGCGUUUCAUAUCCCUACCCAGAGUACUUCCAAACGUUUUACCAACAGAACCCUAAAGUCUUGCUAGACAUGGUUUCGGUGAACAUACACUCGGUGACACACAUGUGUGCUUUGGUUUUGCCAGUCAUGCUGAGCAGGAAGAAGGGAUUAAUCAUAAAUGUGUCGUCAUCAAUCACAUCUGUACCCGCUGGACUGUUAACUCUUUAUAGCGGAACCAAGGCUUUCGUCGAUAAAUUUAGUGAAGAUUUACAGACGGAAUAUCGAGAUAGUGGGAUCACAGUACAAUGCAUUAAACCGGGUUUCGUUGCAACCAAGAUGAGUAAGGUUAAAGCCAGUAUGUGGUGCCCAACGCCCGAUACCUAUGUGGCUUCAGCACUCAAUAUGUUGGGAUAUACCACGACAACACCUGGUUAUUUCCCACAUCAUUUCUUAGAAAUACCAUGUGAUUUCAUGACGUACCUAACGUGCAAACCCUUCGUCUCGAGCAUGUUUUUGAAACAUUAUUUGAAGCUGAGAAAAAGCGCUUUGAAACGGUUGAGCCAAAAGAAAUAGGGUACCGGCAGAUGUGAAAGCUAAUAUUAAAAUUAUGUGGAUUAUUAUUUUUUUUUUUUUUCAAUGCAACCUAACUUAAAUGUGUUUUACAUUAAAAAGAUUUAAAUUAAUUUUUUCCAAUGGGCAUAAAUAAAAAUGACACAAAGCUAUGUUAAA